UUGGUCUUGCUCAUAAAAGAGUAUUUAUCUGAGAGGUUCGUCGAUUCAGUCGCGGUCAAGUUUCUCGAAGGCGUCACCGCCACAAGCAAAUCAGUCUUAUGUUUGUCAGUUACGAUUAUUAUUAUUAUUAUUAUUUUUAAGAUUGUCAAUUUGUUUUUUUUCUCUGGUUCGGACAUUGGAAGAGCAGCCAUGAUUAGCCGGAACUUUAAGAACGUGCUGGUGGUGUCGCUGGGCUUUCUGUCUCUCUUCACAGCGUACGGCGGACUCCAAAGCCUGCAGAGCAGCCUGAAUGCGGAGGAGGGCAUGGGCGUGGCGUCUCUGAGUGUCAUCUACGCGUCCAUCAUCCUCUCGUCCAUGUUCCUGCCUCCCCUCAUGAUCAAAAACCUGGGCUGCAAGUGGACCAUCGUGGCCGGCAUGGCCUGCUACGUCUCCUACUCCUUCGGGAAUCUCUACCCGGGAUGGUACACGCUCAUUCCCACCUCUGUGAUUCUGGGUUUGGGAGGCUCCCCUCUGUGGUCGGCUAAAUGCACAUACCUGACCAUCUCCGGCAACAUGCAGGCGGCCAAAGAGUCCAAGAAGGCUCCGGAUGUCAUCAAUCAGUACUUUGGCAUCUUCUUCUUCAUCUUUCAGUCGUCCGCCGUGUGGGGCAACCUCAUGUCCUCGCUCAUCUUUGGACAGGACACCAACAUAACGGUCAUUUCGGACGAGCAGCUGCAGACUUGCGGGGCUGGAGACUGCGGCCUGACGAUCACCUCCAACAGCACCACAAGCAGGCCGGCACAGGAACUAGUGUGGACCCUGGUCGGAUGCUACAUUGGCGUUGGUUUGUUGGCCAUGCUGAUCGUGGCCGUGUUCCUGGACAACAUCGACCACGAGCAGACCAGCCGUUUCCGUGGCAACCGCGAGCCCUUCUGCCACACCUUCCUGGCCACCUUCCGUCUUCUGAGGGACUGGAGGUUGCUCCCCCUCAUCCCGCUCACCAUGUACAGCGGCUUUGAGCAGAGCUUCCUGUCUGGAGAGUACACCAAGGUGAGGACUUUUUGUUUUUUAUUUAUUUAUUUAUUUUCCCACCCCCGCCGCCUCUCUCUUACUUCUUACUUUAUUUUCACAAUUCAGCAACAAUAUUUUACGUUUGUGCCAUUUAUUUUUGCUUUUUUAGCGGCCUUGGCUAACUUCUCGUGCAUUAUCGCAAUGUUGUACUGGAGGCCUCAUCCUGACCAGUUGGGUGUGUUCUUUGUGUUUCCCGCCUUGUGGGGAAUGGCCGACGCCAUCUGGCAGACGCAGACGAACGCUCUGUACGGCAUCUUGUUUCCCGCCGAGAAGGAGGCUGCCUUCGCCAACUACCGCAUGUGGGAGUCUUUGGGCUUCGUGAUUGCGUUCGCGUACAGCACCUUCCUGUGUCUGGAGUACAAACUGUACAUCCUACUGGCCGUGCUACUGCUGACCAUGGUCACCUACCCGGUGGUAGAGUAUCACGAGUACAAGAAUCCCACGAAAGCCGAGGACGGCGGAGACUACAAAGAAGCCAUCGCCAUGGACAACAGCAAAGUUUACUGUCAGACUCAACUCUGAACGAACAAUGACUAAUGUAAGAUGCUGCCAUCAUCCCAACACUCGCCGAACUCUAGAAUAGAAGAGCAAACUGCUCACAUGGUCCAAGAUGGGAAGAUGCUUGGCUGAAGAAGUCAACAGUUCUCUUAAAAAUAGAUUUUUUUAUCUCUGCACAAUCAGAAUGUCAUUCUCCGUAUUUGUUCAGAUCAACUCUGAUUUUAUUUCCAAAAUCAAGUCGAUUUUUUAUUCUGAAUAUAAAGGCAGUACAAUUGCAGUGAAAAAUAUAUAUUUUUUGUAAAACUGAAUACAACUUUAUUCUUAUUUAUAUAUCAUAAGCAGUUUCCCUUAUCCCGAUCUGCUCUCCAUAUUCUCUCUCAUGCUGCAGUCUGACAGUGUGUUAUUUGGCAACAUAAGCCAUUUUAUGAAACCCUAAAUGUUGGUUGGUUAGGAUUUUCUGCCUCCUAAAAAUGUCCUACAAUGGAUCAAAUGUGUGUGUGUUUAAUUGAACUGCCACAAGCGUCACCUGAACGAAUUUCAUCUUAUACUUUUGUAAAGUGAAAACUGCAUCAUAAACCCAUUUUAAAUUAUUGUAUUACAUACAGACCCCUGUUAUGGAAUACAUAACCUUAUUCAUAAUCAAGCAAUA